AACGAUCACCAGCCAAAAUAUCCUGUUUGGACCUUUUUUUUUAGCUUUGUUUCCUUCCGAGUCCUAACCUAGAGCUAAGUCUCAUUUAAAGAUAUAGAGAGAUCCCUACUGCGCGAACCUGGAGAAAGGCGCACCUGAUCUCCAUUCUCGGGUCCUUGUUUUGAAUCUCAUGUCGACGAAUUGACCCAACCCAACAAAGCUGGGCUACCUCGAAGAGGGAAAGAGCUCGUAGCUCAAUUACCUCUCCUCUCCCCAAGAGGAAAAUAAAAUGGGAUCAACAGACGACUGAUAGAUUCAUAAAAAUCCUGGCUACUCGAAAGCACGCAAACAUGGAAGAAGCUGCCAAAGAACUUGUUCUCUCGCCCUUUAGGGAGAUUGUAACCAAGGGGACGACAGCAUUAGAAAAUGCCAGAGGUGCCGAAGAUUUCGACAUCAAGGUCUUGAUGACGAAGGCUGCAAAUGCCCUGCUUCGGGAGGGAGAGCGUGCCGUCAAGAAGAUCGAGCCUCUAUGCGACAAGUUGCUUGCCAAUCAAGGGGACAUCUUUAUUGAUGCUCUCAGGGAAAACGACGAAAUCGCGGAAUACCGUUCAGAACUUAGCGAUCUGCUAUGGGAGUUUGACGACUUCAUUGAGCCUGAUGGCUUUGAUGAAGACAGGUUUACGGAGCUCCGGACCCUUUCACGUAUCUGUGCACCCAGGGUUGUGGACAUUUUGAUGCGCAUGAGGUUGGAACCAACAUCGCCGCUGACGGAAAACGCUGCCGGCCAUUUGGCCACGCCAACCACGGAACAAGUCGCAUCUAUGGGGUUCACCGCGACCCCUUUUUCCGAUAUGGAAUUCGAUUUUGGAUUCCGGGAUACGGCUGCCCAUCCCGUAGAGCCACCACCCUGCCCAGUCCGGAGUCCCUGGAGAGUCGCUACGCGAACAUUACCUGGCCAGGCAAUCACGCUCAACACAGAAUUUAGUUUGGAUGAGGCGAUUCCUAGUCUUCACAUAAGUCCUUCUGGGAGCUCUGGCAUUUGCACCGGUGCUGUCGAACAGCCACUCCCAAGCCCGUCUACCCACCAUGAAGGCCCCGAGCAUCAUAUUGAAGAGGAAAGUGGUCGCAGCUCAGCUAUGCCGUUGCCCCUUAGGAUGAUCAAGACGACGGCAGAAAUCCCUGGUUGUUGCUGCAGUGGAGACUCGAGCGAUAUGACUGUUUCAUCCCCGACGGCGACCUCCACAAACAGGUCUUUACUCUCGUCUCUUUCAUCCGAUGCGGGAAAGAGUUCUUUACGACACUCCAGGGACAGCUCAGUGGCAGAGUCACAGUCCAGCUAUGUCAUCGAGAGGAGGGAUUCAGGCUGCGAACCCGUCAGCCCACUCACACCUUCCUAUAGAACACCAGUGUUGACUAUGGCUCCCGAAGGCUACUUUGUCCCAUCGACUGCCCCGCCUCUCAGUCCUCUUUCAGAACGGGAUCCGUCAGACUUAUCCUCACAGGACGAGAGUCAAGUAUCGGAGCCAGUCGAGGUCGAAUCCAGCCUAAUAAUAACUGUGGAACCCGAAAAGACACAACGGACGCUCAUCCUGCAGCCGAGCCGGGUACCAGACUGCACUAUCGGGCCCGAAAGCUCAUUUCAUCGAAUGAAGGGCUUUUGUGAGGGUGCAAAGGACAUGCUUGCUGGCCAAGAUGGCUUCAGACAGGUCAAGAAAUUGAACUUUGGUGGCAGCUCAAUCUUGGCUUCUAAAUGCAAAACAUGCCUCUACGAACUUGACUGGGAUGAGGUGGAGGCAGAUCAAAAAGGGCUUUCAAAAGCGAAACUCAUAUCAAAGACUAGCGAAGUCGGCUUUAGGCUUCGGUUUUUAGCCAAGAGUCACAUGCCGGCGAAAAGUGUCGACGAUCAAGUAUAUGCCUGCAUUUUUUGUGAGCAUCUAGGGCGUACAACAGAGGAGACGGAUGCGACGGUCUUUUUCUCACAGAAGCAGCUCUUUGCGCACAUUGCACGCCAUGCACGACCACUCCCAUCAAUCCCUGGAUUGAUUGUCAUUGAGGAGGCCGAGGUGCCGGCCGUCUUCGAGAACAACUAUGACCUUCACCUUCCCAACCCGCCGAAACUGUCCCAGUUGGCAGAGGACAAGGGUUUGGCAAUGCAGGUUGAGCUUCUUCCCGUCGCGGUGUCCAUAAUGACUGUGAAGCAAUCUUAUGGCACUUUGAAAAUGCCACCGGACCGAGCGACGCCGCUGCAGUUUGCUAUCGGGACGAGAAUAUUUGGGGUCGAGUUCCCACAGCAGUAUGGCGGCGAAUGGGCGGUGGGGUGGUCAGAUAAUGUUCACGCCUGCUUUCCCGCCGACGCGGUCAGGCUGGAGCCUCCGCCAAAGGCACAGAUGGCAUUGGGUGGCAUCAUCUCCAACAGGAGGGCGGUGGCGCGCUGGAAGUUUUCGGUCAAGGGCAAAGACAGAGGCGACUGGCUCAAGUUCGACAAGGGCGAGGUCAUAACGGACAUCGGAUGGGUGCACCCAGGCCACUGGUGCUGGUCGGGCGUGAAUGCCAAGGGCAAAUGGGGCAUCUUUCCACGGUCCCACAUCGAAGUCAGCACGCUCAAGGAGGGCGAAGGCGCGGAGGAUCAGGCAAGCACCAGCAGCGGCAGCACAUGCCACAAGAAAACUCAGAGUUUAUUCACCCGUGUCUCCAUGAGGGUCCGGACAGGGUCAAAUAGCAGCAGCGGGAACAAGGUGCGGCCGUCUCUCUACUGAAGAGGCGACAGUACAGGUUGAACAGGUGUAUAAACAACGGGUGAAGGUUGAGUGGGGGAGGGGGGGCAUCUUACGAUUAUACAUAUAUGCAUGCAUUCUAAAAGGGAAAUGCUACCGAUAGAAUGUUGAGGGAACACAACGGCCUGCGGGACCGUCAUUCAUCUAUCUCCUUUGUCGAAACAUGGUCAAGGUCAAGGGAACCUUUGGGGCGUUGGGUUAAAUGGGGCGAAUAGCGGGAGUGUGAUUGGGAAAAUCAUCAUGAGCAACACAGCUUGUUGAAUAUUUGUUUUGUUUUAGUGCUGCUUCUGGGGGCGGCUUGAGAAGAAGUCAAUAUAUUGCCAAA